CACCCCGUUAGCCCUUUCCUUUCCUUCUUUUCUUCCCCUGCCUCCAGAUCUUCACGGAGGAAGGGCUCCCUCAUAUUCACCAUUUUUUUCUUGGCUUGGAAUUUUAGAAGGCAGGCCUCCCUCACUCUCCCUUCUCGCUGGCCAUUUCAUUUUCUUCUUCUCGAUAGCCGAAUGGGUGCCACCUUCUUCCCCAGACCAGAACCCAGAUAGGAGCAGAAGCCUCAUCUCUUCUGUUCAGACCUUUACACACUGCCUCUAUGACCUCUCAUUCUUCUCUUCCCCCAUAGUCUAGCAACUUCUCUUAAGACCAACGAAACCGGCAACAACAACAAGCUUCCUCUCUUUAGACCGACACUCCUUCUCCACAAACCAAACUCAAAGACAGUAGCCCCUUUCAGUAGCAGCAGUAGGGUUUGGUUACUCACUGCAGCAAUGAAAUCUUCAUCAUCCCGGUCGAAAUUAGCGGCUCCUUUACUAUCACGACGCCAUUAACAGCUCUAGCAACCAGGAGCAGCCGACAGCAACACCAGAGAGAGCCUUUCUAGCCUUUCAUCCUCUCCUAAAACAGCAGCCACCGGUAUUAGCUACACCACGCAUGUCCAGCAGGAACCUUUUCUCUUCGGUCCAGUAGAGAGAGGACGAACACACAGAAACGCAAAUGAGCAUGGGGGUGGCACAUGAUGAGAAGAAAUAGAGGAAAGAGUUCCUUUUCGGCCAAUAGCCUUAUGCCUGGAUCACCAUCGCCCUCGGCUUACAGCGACCAGGAAAGUAUGCAUCUUCUGAAGACUGAAGCGGUCUAUUUUCUGGUCCUUCUGCAUCUUCUGCUCUGCAGCAUCUACAUCUUGGUUGCCUCCUCCAUCUAACGUAAUUGCUUGCGAAAUUGUAUCGUCUAAUCUAAUGAAUACUGCUUCCAAACCAACUAUUCCAGGUCUGUGACCGAUUCAAUUGGCCUGGUCUGCAACCAAUCAAUUUUUCCAUGCAUAGCUUUGAUCUCUUCCCGAACAUUUCCCAUAUUAAUGAUUCUUGUCUCUCUUAUAGCAUUCCAAGCUAUCAGUGCUAACCAAGUCAUAACUGGCUGGCUUGACUUAGACUUCGACAGAUUCCACUUGCCCCCUAAUCUUUGUUCUUGGGACCUACAAUUAAUGGAACAUUAGUACAGGAAAAUAUGCAUCUUCUGAAGACUGAAGCGGUCUAUUUUCUGGUCCUGCAUCUUCUGCUCUGCAGCAUCUACAUCUUGGUUACCUCCUCCACCUAAAAUAAUUGCUUGCGAAAUUAUAUCGUCUAAUCUAAUGAAUACUGCUUCCAAACCAUCUAUUCCAGGUCUGUGACCGAUUCAAUUAGCCUGGUCUGCAACCAAUCAAUUUUUCCAUGCAUAACUUUGAUCUCUUCCCGGACAUUUCCCAUAUUAAUGAUUCUUGUCUCUCUUAUAGCAUUCCAAGCUAUCAGUGCUAACCAAGUCAUAACUGGCUGGCUUGACUUAGACUUCGACAGAUUCCACUUGCCCCCUAAUCUUUGUUCUUGGGACCUACAAUUAAUGGAACAUUAGUACAGGAAAAUAUGCAUCUUCUGAAGACUGAAGCGGUCUAUUUUCUGGACCUGCAUCUUCUGCUCUGCAGCAUCUACAUCUUGGUUACCUCCUCCACCUAACGUAAUUGCUUGCGAAAUUAUAUCGUCUAAUCUAAUGAAUACUGCAUCCAGACCAUCUAUUCCAGGUCUGUGACCGAUUCAAUUAGCCUGGUCUGCAACCAAUCAAUUUUUCCAUGCAUAGCUUUGAUCUCUUCCCGGACAUUUCUCAUAUUAAUGAUUCUUGUCUCUCUUAUAGCAAUCCAAGGAAUCAGUGCUAAUUAACCAAGUCAUAACUGGCUGGCUUGCUUAGACUUCGACAGAUUUCACUUGCCCCUUAAUCUUUGUUCUUGGAACCUACAAUUAAUACAAGUGUGGUCCUAGGCUACUAGUUAAUUAUUAAGUAUAACUAUUAAGACUAAAUCAUUAUGUAGUCCCUUGGCUUUGAAUGUGAUUAUAAUAUAGUCAUUUACAUUUGGAAGGCUAUAUAUUUACAGCUUAAUUCUUCAACACUCGGAGGUCAUUUUCUUAAUAAGUCCCAGAGAUUAAGUUCUAGAUUUUUAAACAAAAAAGACUUAAGUCAUAAUUUAGCUCAAAACCUAAGGAUUAAGGGAUAUUUAUUGGUAGCUUAGACAGUAUCCACACAUUUCUUUGACUGUUUGGAUAACGUCGGAAUCUACUUCACUAUAUAAAACCCUUUUAGCAUACUAAACGACCACCAUUCCAAACCAACUACAUAUUCUUUCUUUUUCUCCUUUGAGUUUGUCUUCUACUCACUCCUUUUUGAACCUACAAAGAAAAUAUGGCUGAAGGUGUGCUCUUCAAUAUUGCGGAGGAAAUAAUAAAGACAUUAGGUUCCCUAACCGCUCAGGAGAUUGCACUGUGGUGGGGGAUCAAAGAUCAAUUGUGGAAGCUCAAUGACACAGUUACUAGGAUUAAGGCUGUGAUUCAAGACGCUGAGGAGCAGGCACAAAAACAGAACCACCAAAUCGAAGACUGGCUCAUGAAGUUGCGGGAAGCUGCAUAUGACGCAGAGGAUUUGCUGGACGAUUUCUCAAUACAAGUUCUGCGGAAACAGUUGAUGUCCGGGAAAAGAGUAUCAAGGGAGGUACGCCUUUUUUUCUCAAGAUCAAACCAAUUUGUGUAUGGUUUACGGAUGGGUUAUAGAGUUAAAGCACUUAGAGAGAGACUAGGUGACAUUGAAACUGACAGUAAAAAAUUCAACUUUGAUGUUCGUGGUGAGGAGAGAGCUUCUUUGACCACUGUCAGGGAGCAAACUACCUCAUCUGAACCUGAAAUAAUAGUUGGGAGAGAGAGUGACAAAGAGGCAGUUAUAACUUUUCUGAUGAAUUCCAACUAUGAACAUAAUGUUUCUGUCAUCUCCGUAGUUGGAAUGGGAGGGUUGGGGAAGACCACACUAGCUCAACAUGUUUUCAAUGAUGAGCAAGUUUCGGCGCAUUUUGGUGUGAGACUCUGGGUAAGUGUCUCAGGCAGCUUAGAUGUUAGAAAGAUUAUCAAAGGGGCUGUAGGUAGAGAUUCUGAUGAUCAGUUAGAGAGUCUGAAAAAAGAGUUCGAAGAGAAAAUAGAAAAAAAGAAGUAUCUUCUUGUAUUAGAUGAUGUGUGGGAUGGUGAGGAAGGUCUGGAUGGUGAAAAAUGGGAUAGGUUGAAGGAGUUCUUACCACGUGAUGCAGUAGGAAGUAAGAUAGUGGUAACUACACGUUCUCAUGUAAUUGCAAAAUUCACAAGCACAAUAGCACCACAUGUUUUAGAAGGUCUAUCUGUAGCUGAGUCAUGGGAUCUGUUUAGAAGAAAGGCAUUCCCUCAAGGGCAAGAGUCGGGUCAUGUAGAUGAGAGAAUUAGAAAAGAGAUUGUAAAGAGGUGUUGUGGAGUUCCUUUGGUCAUAAAGGCAAUUGCGAGGUUAAUGUCUUUGAAAGAUAGAGCCCAGUGGUUGCCCUUCAUCCAACAAGAACUUCCAAAUAGGGUCCAAGAUGAUAACAUUAUUCAUACCCUAAAGUUAAGCUAUGAUCCUCUCCCAUCAUUUAUGAAGCAUUGUUUUGCUUACUGUAGCUUAUUUCCCAAAGGUCGUAGGAUUGAUGUGAAGUCAUUGAUUCAAUUUUGGAUUGCACAAGGGUUCAUUAGCUCUUCAUGUUCAGGUGGUGGGUGUCUUGAUAUUGUUGGUCUUAGGUACUUUGAGCAUUUACUGUGGAGGUCAUUUUUUCACGAAGUGGAAAAGGAUAGACUUGGGAACAUAAAAAGUUGCAAAAUGCAUGAUUUUAUGCAUGAUCUUGCAACCAAAGUUGCUGGUUUUCAGAGCAUCAAAGUGGAGCGUGGAGGACAUAGGAUUUGUGAUUUGACUCGGCACGUGUCAUUUGACACGAAAUUGGAUUUGUCACAACAAAUUCCAAUUCCUUUGCCUUAUGCAAAAAGUCUAAGAACAGUUAUAUUAUUUCAAGGCCGCAAACGAGAUAAGGGGGCAUGGGAGUCUAUUUGUCGAGACUUUAGGCGUUUACGUGUGCUUGUUUUGAGUCCUUCGGUAAUUGAGGAAGGGUCACCUCUCAUUCAAAAGCUAAAGCAUCUGAAAUAUCUUGAUCUUUCGAAUAAUUAUGAGAUGGAGGCGCUUCCUAAUUCUGUCACCAAUCUGGUAAAUUUGCAAGUGCUCAAGCUCAAUGGUUGCAGUAAACUUAAGGAACUACCAAGAGAUAUUAGUAAGCUGAUCAAUCUAAGGCAUCUUGAUGUUGGUUGUAUUCUUGAUGGUGAUUUAUGUGAGGAUUUAGAGUAUAUGCCUCGUGGGAUUGGGAAAAUAACUAGUCUACAGACGUUGUCAUGUUUUAUGGUUGCAAAAAAAAGAAGUCCUAAAUCUGAGAUGAUAGGUGAAUUGGAUGAGUUGAGAAGGUUAAAUGAAUUGAGAGGGAGGCUAGAAAUAAGAGUCAAGGGAUACGAAGGUGGUUCUUGUAUAUCAGAAUUUGAAGGAGCUAAAUUGAUAGAUAAACAAUAUCUUCAGUCGUUGACCAUAUGGUGGGACCCAAAGCUGGAUAGUGACUCAGAUAUUGAUUUGUAUGAUAAAAUGAUGCAAAGCCUCCAGCCAAACUCAAGUCUUCAAGAGUUAAGAGUUGAAGGCUAUGGAGGUAUGAGGUUUCCUAGUUGGGUUUUAGAUCUCUCAAGUCUUGUAAGGAUUCGUCUAGAAAGUUGUAGAAGACUUAAGCAUAUCCCUCCCUUACAUGGCAUCCCUUCUCUUGAAGAAUUAAGUAUUGUGGGAUUGGAUGAUUUGGAGUGCAUAGAUAGUGAGGGGGUUGGAGGAAAAGGAGUGUCGAUGUUUUUCCCAUCUUUAAAGAAACUUGUUAUCCUUGCUUGUCCUAGAGUGAAGGGAUGGUGGAAGAGAUGGAGUAGAGAUGAGAUGAAUGAUGAUAGUGAUGAGUCAACAAUAGAAGAAGGGUUGAGAAUGCUCUGUUUUCCACGUCUUUCUUCCUUGCGCAUUGAAUUUUGUCCAAAUCUGACUUCAAUGCCGUUGUUUCCAACUCUCGACGAAGGUCUUGAUUUGCGGAGGACUAGUUCAAUGCCAUUACAGCAGACAAUGGAGAUGACAUCACCGGUCUCUUCUUCUUCUUCAUUUACCCGUCCUCUCUCCAAAUUGAAGAGUCUAUAUGUGUGGUCAAUUGAUGACAUGGAAUCUCUUCCGGAAGUAGGGCUGCAAAAUCUCUCUUCUCUUGAAUCGCUAUCGAUUUCGAGAUGCUCAAGAUUGAAGUCUCUGCCACUGCCUGAUCAGGGGAUGCCUUCUCUUCAUAAAUUACUUAUCAGGCAUUGCAGAGGGUUGAAGUCGCUAUCUGAACCUGAAUCUGAAUCUCAAGGGAGGAUAGCCUACCUUCCCUCUUUGCAAAUGUUAAUAAUCAAGAACUGCAGUGAAGAGCUGAGGGGAAGAACAAGAGGAUGGGGAAAGGAGAGCGAGGAGGAGUGGCCUAACAUUAAACACAUUCCAGAUAUUGUAAUUGAUAGGAAUUACAUUCAAAAGGAGGGUCGCUAUGUAAAGGGUGAAGGAAUAUUGAUAUUCCCUUAACGGGUAAAAGAGCAUUUUCACCGAACAUACAUACAUUCUUACAUAUAUGAAAGAUAUACAUUGCAAGAGAUGUCAAUGGAGUUCAGAGGUGGAAGCUAUCGUAAAUCCCAGAAUCCAGAUAUGAUGCUCGUUGCAAGACCUGGAACUUUCAGUAGCUUGCUCUCGAUCCGUAGCGUUUGAUAAAUCUUGAAAUAUCAAUAAGAUGUCUGGAGUUGAUGGCCGAUAAGCAUUAUGCGCACAUGUUGCAUUUCCCUGUUGUGAAGAAAUGGUGCUGUAGUUUUAAGAGGGCGAAGAGCAUUAUGAUACAGUCAAGAAAUGAUACAGUUAAGAGUGCUGUAAUUUCCGUGUAAAUGUUGCCCUCUCCCCACGUCUCUCAUAUAUUUUUUUCAAACAAUUCUGUCUGUAACUCCUCCAGCAUCCAGUUCGGAACCUCCUCCGCUGCCUGUGGUGAUGGAUUGAUACCUCUCAGUCAACUUAGCUUACCACAAAAGACCACUCCUCUUCUAAAAGUUAUGGUAAAGCUGAAAAGGUUAUUGAUGUUGCUCUCAUUGUAGACGAUGGAACAGGCUGGAUCAGUUGCAGAAAAUGGUUCUGUGUUUUAUCUGCAAGUCUAUCUAUACCAGGCUUUCAUGUUAGCAUGCAUAUGGCACCUUAAGCCAUAGCGUUGCUCGGUUUAUUUGGCGCCAGGUACAAUAGUCAGUACAGAAAACUGAAGGCAGAAUCAUAUUACAAGAGACUAUCAUUGUUUUCAUGGAGGUCAUAGUUGUUACAACAGCUGAUUUUGGAAUCCUUAGUUUAUAGAGUGUGCUUUGUCCUCCUAGUAGUGCUCCGUUUGUCUAAAUACUUUAAUUUGAUUUACUUUAAAAAAAUAUUAUUCUUAUAUAUUCUUAAUUAAAAAUA